CGCGACGGCGUUUUAAUCCGUCACGCUUAACCGAGCAACAUUUAUUUUCUAGGCCUAUUGUUAUCUUUCAAUAUUACGCCUAUUGGCCCUUGUCGUAAAUGUACAAUUAGAGAUAAAAAUCAAUCAUUGCGUAACUAAAUAUCAUAAGCACAUUAAGGAUACCGCCAUGCUUUAAUGCUUUGAGACUGAACUUCGUCAGAGUCAUUCAUUUUGUCAAACCUGUUGGGGAAGGGAUCCUAAAUUACAUUAGGCCGAGAUUCUCUGAUUGUUACGUUACCAGUCUGUCGUAUUACAAGCAACCAUGGUUUCCCUCUAGGAUAUUGCUAUGUUAUUCACUGCCAUUUAUGUUGUUUGUCAGGACCUCGCGAUCUCGGCCAUGGCUUCACGCCCUUCCAUGACGCCAGCAGAAGAGAGAGAAAAGUGGACUUCUAUAAAUAGCUGACUGCUUCAUGGUCUGUGUUAUUGUGUGAGCUGGGCGAACCAUCGGAAUUAAUACUUCUACAUCAUGCACGCUGGCGUUGAUUCGUGUAUUUGAUGUCAUUGACGGAAUUGCUGUUGCAGAAGAUUGGAAACAACCGGUUGUCCCUGCGGCAGUCUGCGACCUGUAGAGAACGGUCUUACUUCACUGGGUUCACUUAUUAAGCCGGCAGUUGAAAACUCAUAUGGUCAUUUUCAUUGGAAUUGUCGCACAGCUGGUAUGUUAGAUGUAGAUCAAGGUAAUAUUCAGACUGGUCAUGUUUCCCUCACUCGUGAUUUAACGCUUUGUUAAAAGGACAGAUACUCGACAAGAUCGCCAGUAUUAUUCCCACUGCUACUCGGGGUUACAAAUACACUUUAAGAGGUCAGAAAUCGGAGAACUUCAACUGUUUACUGCAAUAAACAGCCCAGUAAAAAAGAAAACGAGAUCCAUCGGGACAGCAUACGGUAAAGUAAUUUGGUCUUGAGGAAGAAAAUGAAUGAACCGCGUAGAAAAAACAACGUCGACGGCUUAAUUAAAAACAGGCCUAUGAUUUGAGAAAGCGUUCCUGGUGGGAGUGGUGUUAGACUAAAUGACCUGGGAAAACGAACCAGUAUGUUGGAAUAUAAUAACUGUUCGGACAGGUAAUCUUCAUAUAGGCGCCCGCACUAUCGUCUCUGUAACCACGGACGCACGUCUACUGUGACGUAACAAAUAUAUAGUCACUAACGCUGGAACUGAAAUGCACAUACUCGAGGUCUACCCGGGGUGCUAUCACGUCCAACAAAAGUGAACAGGAGUAUUUUCGUGGGUUGAUGCACGAAACACAUGUUUGAAAGUCUGAAUCAGGAAGGGAAGCAAUUAAUGCACCAUACCACGCAAGACUGUUAUAUUUAUCUUCAGUGUGUACCGCCGCUGACGGUGUAGAGUAAGGUGGAAGAGAAAUCGAAUUAAGAUAAGUAAACGGUACAUUUUUUUAGAUUUCACAACGCUUUGAUCGCUGAUUUAUUCUUGUUACAGCUUUAUUAAUUAUAUGAGAGGAGAAACAUGAGAAGAUUCAGACCUGUACAGUCUCCGCGCCAUUAGAGAUAAUUCACCUUAAAAUGACUGAGAGCUCAUCUUGCACUGUUGCUGUGAAGUUUCAGUCAGCGACACGCGUGGAGGGAAAUAAUGAAUGACAGCUGAUUGGUCAGUUUCUGCACUAUCUAAUGAAACCUUCCCACCAAUCAAAUUUGGCUGAAUAUGGCUCUACUGGAUUUAAACUCCAACUCGUCUGUAAACAUCAGUAUUGGAAUGAAUGUUACGCUAGAAUUCCCGGACAGGAACUCAGUAGACGACAGCGAGGCCCUGGCCGUGGCUGCUGUCCUAUUCCCGGUGCUAAUGGGGAUAGUGUUGACGGUGGGGAUUCUCCUGAACGCGCUCGUGGUGUGCGUUACGUUGUCCACAAACGCUAUUAUGACGUGUGCCAGUUCUUUAUUCCUGAACUUGGCCGUCAGUGAUUUGGUGUUUCUCGUCUUCUGCCUGCCGAUUCAGUGCGCUUAUUUCGCCUCUCAGCUGAAUCUUCAUCUGGGCAGGAUGACGUGCAAGUUGCUGUACUUUAUUCAGUACACCACGCUGGGGGCGAGCAUUUACACCAUGACUGUGAUAUCAGUGUUUAGACUCUUUGCGGUGGUGUUGCCACUGAAGUCAUUCGGCAGACUAACGUGCCGCCAUGCCGUCGUGUCCAGCCUGGUUGUGUGGAUCUUUGUCUCGCUGGUAAACAUUCCAAUUCUUAUAUACUACGAUGAGCCCGACCAGAAACCCGGGAUCCACAUCUGCACCUUGCACAUGUCCACGAUGCUACCGUUCUACCUGAACGUUUUCAUCAUGACGGGAAUGGAUUUCUUUCUCCCGCUGGUUGUGACUGGGUUUGCGUCUCUUUAUCUCCUCUGGGAGCUCUGUAAAUCGCCGAUAUUGCAGCCGCGGAGGUACUCCAUCAACUCCACCAAGGCCUGCGACACGUGCAUACACACCCGGAACAAACAACUGGUGGUUCUUAUUGGAGCCGUGGAUUUAUCUUUUCUAAUAUGCUGGGGGCCGGCGCAGAUUCUUUUCAUUAUGAUUGCCGCGGGUUACCAAAUCCCGCGAAUCCUCGACCAGGCUAUUCUGGCAGUAAUUGUCUAUUCUCUGGCCUUCGGACACUCGUGCGUGAACCCGAUUUUGUACAAUUUUGCUUCUCGCGGGUUUCGCAGAGCAACAAGAAAGUUUUUGGUGCGUUGGAUUCGCAAACUGAAGUGUGUGAAGAGAACGGACAAUGCCAGGGAGAGUGGCACGGGACACCACGGGAUUUUCAAAGGAAAUCGGCCCAAUGACAGAUCAAAGUCACAAAGCAAAUGCCAGCACCAUCACAUCGCCUACGUGUACGAAACGGCAGUUUAAGAUUUUUUUGGAAAUAUUAUUUCAUUGGAAAGUUUGACUUGUUUCGACCAGGAAUACACGCUGUACAUUAAUAUGUACUAGUUAAUUGGCAAUACCGUAUGGUUUUAAGA